GCUUCGAGUGGUGGCCUUGGGGAAGGGCGACCAGGGUUCUGUGGCCACGCUGGUGGCGGACAAGAAGGAAGCCAAGUGGAUGAAGAAACACUUAGAAAGCGUGGUGAAGAAGAUCUUGGAUGACGUGGAGGAAUAUUUGGACUUGGACUUCAGUAUCGAUGUCAUGAAAGCGGGCAAGGGCCGAGAAAUCGUCGAUGUGCUCGCAGACACCAUGGCGAUCAUGCGUGGCAUCGACACCAAGGUGCAGGUCACCUGUCCCGCCGCCUCGCGAAAGCUCGCGGACUUGGAGGUCCACCGGUCGUUCGCCUCGCGGUUGGGCGACUCACCAAGGACCGGAGACAUGGACUGCCUCUGUGUGAUCUUCGCCGAGGAACACCUGAUCUACGCUUGCACCUUCAGCUCGCUUAUCAACAAGGCUAGAGUGUUGCUGGCAAUGAUUCAUUCGCAGGACGACUACUACCAUCAAGAGAUGGCCAAGUCCGUGGCCAGAGCAUUGGAUCCAGGAGCACCCACUGAGAACCAUUGUCCCAUGCGGAUCGACCUCUCUGCCCUUCCGCGCGAGGUCACAGACAUGUACUUCGUGGUCUCAGCAGAUGAGGGCGAGGAGCCGGGACGGAGUUUGGUGGAGUUCACGUGCCGUGCCUCGUUGGUCAAACGAAGAUUCGAGCCCAUCCUGGACACCUUAGCAGAGCGUCAGAGUCGGCACCUCAACUGGGAGCGACGGAGGGACUUGCUCUACCUGCGAACGCUCCACAAGUGUGGUCGGAUGGCCCGCUGCAGCGACGCGGAAUUCGCCGUGGUCAUGCACAAGACCAAGCGAAGCUUCGCGCUCUUCUUCGCGCGGAGAAGCGGGCUGGAUUGCUGCGUGCGCAUGCGCGCGCGAGCGCACCAUGCUCGCUGUGCCACCACUGGUGGCUCGGACGCCUGCAAAUGGAAGACCGAAGGCAUGAUCUGCCGGGAGGACUUUCAUCAAGCGAUUCAGGGGAAGUACGGCGAGUACAAGCCCACCAAGGGCUUCUUCGAGGCCUGCGUGGUCUUCGCGGACGCCAGCGGCUUCACCGCGCUCACCGAGGCCUUGGCGAAGCAGCCCCACGGCGCUGAAGAGAUUGGUUCCUGUUUGAACGGUUUCUUUGGGACGCUCAUCGAUAUCAUCACUCACUACGGUGGGGACGUUUUGAAGUUCAGUGGGGAUGCGGUGACCAUCCUUUGGAAGGUCCUCCCAGGUGAUUCAGAGGAAACCCAGGAGAAGGCACGCCAAAGAGCCGUGCUCAGCGCCUGCAGCUGUUGCGAGAGCUUGCAACGUCAAGCGCAAUCCUUCGGGCAGACGCCGGUGCCAGAGGUGACCCUCACCUUGCACAUCGGCGUGGGCUUUGGUCCACUGAAGCUCCUACAGCUGGGUGGGCUCUUAGACCGCUGGGAGUUCUGCGCGGCCGGGCAGCCGCUGGAAGAGGUGGCGAUUGCCGAACCUUUGGCCAAGCCAGGGGAAACGGUGGUAAGCCCAAGCAUUCAACAGAUCCUGGGUUCCAAUGAUUUCUUUUCCUUCCGGGUGCGAUCGAUGGACGAUGACAGAAGGAAGUCGAGAAUCUGA